AUGCCGAGAGCUAUCAGAGGUGUCCUGGUGGAGUGCGACCCAUCUAUCAAGUCCAUCAUUGUCAAGAUCGAUGCCGGAGAUCACGCUUUCAUUGUUGAAGAGCUUGAUGAUCAGACCUUGGUGAUCAAAGAGAAUAUGCUGGCAAUUCUGAAGCAGAAAUUGGACGAUAUUCUGAAAGAGACUCAAGCUGUUGCGGAUGAGUCAGAUAUGGAUUAG